GCUUGCAUGUUACUUAUUUAGUCGCACACAUUUAAUUAUAUCAUUUAUAUAUUUAUCUCCAAAACAUUCUCAAAACACAAAUACGUUAAGGUGCUGAUGCAAAUAGUGCCGCCUGAUGUUAAGUAUCAAAGCACAUGAUAUUUCGUAUUCAUAUCAGAAAAAGGAGAACAAUAUAGAUCUAUUGUACAUAAGCUGCAGUUAUGUUGCCAUGUAAGCAUCUCAGCCAACGAACGUUGUCUAAAUUGCUAUUAUGGGUUAAUCCUUUCGAAAAAUUUUUAAAAAUCCAAAAAUAUUCCCGUUUUCAUUCUGCAAAUAAACUUCACGAGGCCUACAAAAGAGCGAAACGAACAUGUGACUCUAAAAAAUUGCCGAAAGAUGUAAAUGUAAAAGCAGUAUUUGCUUGUAACGAAUUAGAUUUAAAAGAAGUCAAUGUUUAUGGAUUUGAUUAUGAUUACACCUUGGCAUGUUACAAACCUUCUUUGGAUUACCUCUUAUAUAAUUUAGCUAGACAAACGUUAAUAGAACAGUAUAAGUAUCCUAAGGAGAUAGCUAAUUUAGAAUAUAAACCAGGCUUUGCCAUUAGAGGUUUACAUUAUGAUAUUGAGAAAGGAGUGUUACUCAAACUGGAUUCAUUCCUUCAAAUUCAAUUUGGUUCUGUAUACAGAGGAUUAAAACCAUUAACUGAUGAAGAAGUAUUACAGCUUUACAGAAAUCGUAUCAUACCUAUUGAUUAUGUUGAGGCCAACAUUAGAAACACCCAUGAACCUACAUCACAAAUGGUUCAAUUGGCUGACUUAUUUUCUGUUCCUGAAAUGUGUCUACUUUGUAAUAUUGCAGAUUAUUUUGAGAAAAAGCACAUUGAUUAUCACCCAGAGAUUCUUUUCCGUGAUGUUAAAAUUUACCUUUUUUUUUCUAGGAAUUACAUUAAAUAUGUUUUCAAUGAACAGUUUGGCAGCGUAUUCCGAACUUACCACAAUCCCACAUAUUUCUCACGUAGAUUGUUUAGAUUUGCUGAUAUUUAUACGUCAAAUAUCACAAAUUUACUCAAUUACUCAGUAAAUCAUACAUUUUAUCCUAGGAGAGGUGUCAUGCCACACGAAUAUAGUUCAUACUUUGUGUAAAUAUAUUUUUAAAUGUUUUCAUUGCAAACUCUUCACUAAUAUGCUAUACUACUCUACUGUACUUGAACAUUUCUUAUUUCCAACUAACUACACUUCAUUGCUUUCGUAAUGGGUAUUUUGUAGAAAAUUCUUCUGGUGCUGGUUUUUAUUCAAUUAUAUUUCGUUACCUUUUAAGUCGAGAAUCUGAUAUUUUCAGGCGAGAAGCAUCUGCGUGGUAGAAUGUGAAAAAUGUGUUCUCCAAAACUGGCUGUGCAAUUUACCUAACACUAAAAUUUACAGAACGAACGACACGAAUUUUUUAUUACAUAGAACACCAAAGGUUCAUUUUAGAAGUAUUUUUCUAGGCAGAUUUUAAUUUUCAAUUAAGAAACGUUAUUAGCUUCAUAAACUGUAUUACUUAUUUAUUUAUUUUUUUUGUGUGCUAUUGCCUGAACAUUUUUUAUAAAUUUCUGCAAAAUGAA